CAGAGCCGCGCAGCAUCCCCGGACAAAGGCAUCCGUGCAGCCGGCGCAGGCAGCAUGCGGCGAGCGGGGCUGGCGCUGCUCCUGCUCCUGCUCCUGGCCCGCCUGGGCUGCGGGGGAGGGGCAUCGACCUCAGCCACAGUUACCACCACCGGCGCUAGUCCUGGCACGAAAAGCACCUCUGCUACCACAAAAACCUCCUCCUCUACCGCUGCCCCAACAAGCUCCCACCCUGUCCUGGGAAGUUCCUCCAAUGCCACCAAAACCUCCCUUGGCUCAGAAAGCUCCACCCCUAGCCCGAAAAGUGUCACUCCUGCCCCAAAAAUCUCCACCUCAAGCUCAAAAAUCUCCACCUCUGACCCCAAAAGCACCUCCCCUAGCACACACAGCCCCUCCCCUACUUCAGUGCUUACCACCCAUGUCACAAAAAAGUCCUCCCCUGGCACAGACAGCUCCACCAAUGACACAACAGUCCCCUCCACUACCCAGAAAAGCCCCUCCCUUGACCUGGGAAGUACCAGCCCUGGUGCGGGAAGCUCCUCUCCUACCAUGGGAGGGCCCCCCCACAGCACGAAGCGCUCCUCCCCGGACCCGAAAACUACACCUGUUAGUAUAGAAAGUGCCCCCCGUAACACGACGAGCUCCUCUCGUGUCACAGAAAUCCCCUCCCCUAGCCCUGGCAGCUCCUCUGGUGGGAAAGUCACACCCAGCCCUGUUGUGAACGUAGCCCCCACAUCAGCUCCUCGGGCAUCUAAGCCCACCGUGCCUGGGGUGACUUCGGCAGCUGGCGCCCAUCCGGAUAAGGACCCUGUGACGCAUCCAACUCUGAUGGAAACCACUGCAGCAGGUGGCAUUAAAGAUGGAAGCAAAGAGCUUAAAGAGGCUGAGACAACCAGAGGAACGUCGGCAGCCACGGUUGGCACACCUGGGGGAGACAAAAAGGAUGUGACCACGAAGAAGUCUGAUCCUCCCUUACUGAAAACCGACUCAGCCUUGGAGGCUGCCACGUCUACUCCAGCUAGCACCAAGCGUGUGUCUGAGCCCAGUUCUACAUCCAAGCCCAGUGACUCCCAACCCAAACAGCAGAUCACUUGCAAGGAGCAGAUACCGUCCGUCAAAACCGGAAAGGAAGCACCAAAGCUUGUAACCUUGAAUGCAACGGGAAUCUGUGGCGUGGUGGCGCAAACCAAGCAGAGCGAGGAGCUGUAUGACAUAAUCUGCAAAGCACUGAACCCCACAUUCAACCGGAGCCGAGACCAGUGCACCGUGAGCCUGGCCCCCGUCCAGGGCUCCCCUAACCUCUAUGCUUUGGUGGAUGCUUCUAUGCAGAUAAAACCGAGACAGGAGGAGCUUUUUGAACUGCUGAAGGAAAAGAAGGAUGAAUUUAAGAAGGCCGGGAUCAACAACGUCAUGUUGGCCGACAAGCAGCUCGGGGACGACGAGCCCACUGACCGGUUCAGCACGCCUCUGAUCACCACCAUCGUGUGCCUGGCCGUCGCCUUGCUGCUCACUGCUGCCAUCUACGGCUGCUGCCACCAACGCAGGUCCCGCAGGAAGGACCAGACCAUCUCCUCUGCUGUCCCGGGGUUUGAAGGCCGACACGUAGCUGUGCUCUUUACUCAGCGCCUGACAGAAGAGCUGCAGACCAUGGAGAACGGCUAUCAUGACAACCCGACGCUGGAGGUGAUGGAGACCUCCUCUGAGAUGCAGGAGAAGAAGAUCAACCUGAAUGGCGAGCUGGGCGACAGCUGGAUUGUCCCCAUGGACAACCUCACGAAAGAGGAGCUGGAGGAGGAAGAGGACACGCAUCUAUAAACGAAGCCGGAGACCGCUAAGCAAAAACAAGCAAAACCCGAAACAAAAAAACCAAACUGACUACAGCCACAAGUGCCGUCACCCUAUCGGACAAGGAGGGACACAUGUGCCUGCCAGCUUUGCCGAGGAAAGAAGCCACGCUUGGAGUUUGCUGUGGCCUAAACAUCGCUAAAUCCAAACAUAUUCACUGUCCAGACUAUAGAGUGUAUUUUGUUUAUAUAUAAAUAAAUAUAUAAAUAUAUAUAUAUAUAUAUAGUGCCUCUAUUUGCCUUGACUAGAGGAGACGAGAUAGUUUCAGAGAUGAAAGGCUUUCCCAACUAUUGAUGAUGGUAUCGAACUCGGCGUGGUUUGCAGAACUUGGAAUCUGCUUUCUCCAGAUUGGGGCUUCUUCUGUCCGGCGGGGACCUGGCACGUGGGGUGUAACCACUGCCCGAGUUGAAGAACCCUUCACGGGCAACCAAAAGCCUGCGGCAACGACCAAGAACUAAAAUGGCAUUCAACGAAGAGGCUCUGAACGGGAGCGGUAGCAGCAGCACUAUCGAUGGCAGUGCUGGGCAGCGUGGUAGCAUACUCCAAGAGCUCCACCCUCCCCUGUGCAUCUCUGUUGCCAAUGCAGCUUAUGGUUUAUUUUUCCUUUUCCUCUAUCACGUGGUAAUAUUAAAGACAGUUAUUAAGCUUCACAGGAGAUAAAGAGAAAAAGAGUAACGCCCUGCCAUCACACCCAGCCACGUGAUUAACUGGCCAUUUCCAGAUUCUUGCUGGAAGUGCUGGGUAUUAAACACAACAGCGUCCCCCCCAUCAACAGUCGCUCCUGGGUCUUCGGUGCUCAUAUCCUACGGGGGCUUUCCCGGCCUGUAUUGUGAACAGCAUUGACCAGGUCCCAGGCCAAAACUGCCCCUGCAAUUCAAGGGAACCAGCCCAUCUUUCCCAGCUAGCAUGCCAGGAGCUAAAGGACAAGUUCAGAGGAAGCCCCUGGAAGCUCCUUACCGUUGUCUGCAUUUGAAGCAGCACUAAAAUCCCCUUGUUCCAGGAUUCUUGCACCCAAAGGCUCAAAACAGACCCUCAAAAUUUCUCACCUAUUCAAAAAAGGAAUCGACAAGCAAUCCAAGAGGGAAUUGGUCUCUUAAUCAUCCAGUAGGCAGCAGGACUCAGGGAACGCAGAUCCAGUAGACUGCGAGAAAGCAAAGCAAUUUCAAGGCCACUGUGCAACCAAUUCUAGUACUGGGGGGAAGAAAACCCAGAAAGUUAUUGCCAUUCCCCCCAAACAACAGUGUGCUGCUCACAGCUCUGAAGACCCCUACCCAAGAAGGGUCUACCUUCUCCACGUCCUAGCCCCUACCAUCACACCUGGCCUUGUUAGGGGAGCAUUAGCAACGCCAGCGACUCCAGGCACUAUUCUAGGCACAGCAAACCUGCAACAGGCAUUUCAGCGAGAGCUAGAACGUGCAUCUGUCCCGUGUUAUGUUAUUUAGUUAUCACCUCUUCUCUGCACUUCACUAUGUUUUUCCUUCAAGGACAUUUCUGUUCAACUCCUGGGUAUCAAGCAAUAGGGAAAAGGCCUUUGAGGUUGUUCAACACCAAAACGGACUGCCGAGGUGCAUGGGGCAGUGCUUCCAGGGCCCACCGCAGUGGGGAGCCUACCAUCGGCGACCAAAUCGGGGCUGGACCGAGUGCCGUGAGCUUCCUGCUCCUACCUCCAGCAGCCACCGAAUGAUCUUUUAUAAAGUGGAAACCACAAAUGGUGAAGAAAACCCAGCAACUGGGAUAAGCCACAGCCAGUUUCCUCCUGGGGGAGCACGCCCGUGUCGUACCCGGGUCUGGGCAGCGCUGGCCUGUUUCAAGCUGUUUGUACAUCCUGUUGAAAUCAGCAGGCCCAUCUUUCCAGGACAGUUGCACGUGUGGGAUUGCUCUUUUCUGAACAGAGUCUACUUUAUUUCUAGAGAUUCAUAUGCCUUGCUCCUCACCCUGGUCCCAGACCAGCUUCCAGCACAGCAAGCCUAGCAUCCGUCACAUUCAUCUCAUCCUCUGCCCGGGUGUUGGAAGAGGGGAUUUAUUAGGGAUUUUUUGGUUCAGUUUCUUUAUGAGCAGCAGAAGCUGCACAAGGUUAAGUGCAAAUGCAAAGGAGAGCCCUGCAGAUUGUUCACAGUCAGACCGUCCUGUUGCUUCAGCGAUCUCGCACGUGAACACCAGCCCCUCUUGGGUGUUUCCUCUCCUGAAGCCUACUGCUCUCCAAGGAGGCCAUUGAGAUGCACCUCAAGAGACUUCUGCAUCCCCAGCAAAUCUUUGCCAUCCCUUCUCUCCAAAAGGUUUCCUGGUCCGAGCAUGGUCCAAAGGUUUAGCCCAAAAGGAGCCUGGGCUACACGCACAUCACAGAUUCCACCUGGCCUACAUUGGAAAGAUUGUCACAGUAUCACACAGGGCAUCUUUCACCUUCUGAGUUUGUUGGAGACCUGGGCUAGAUGGGCAGCUGGGAGCUGGGUUGGGCAGGUAGCCCGGAGCAUGAAAGCAGCACAGUGAAGACAACCAGACACGCGUGCAGUCUGGGGAGCCAACAGCUCCCAGCAGACGAUGGUCGUUUGGACUCACUAGCCCAGACCUCUGGAUCCAGCCAAGCUGUUACAGAUGAGGGCAGCCACAGCUGGCUCCUGGCUGCCGGCACAAGCCUUAUUCAGCUUUGCACCGUUUGCAUGAGCUGCAUGCACAGCAGCAGCUUGCUCGGGUCUCGGCACACAGAGUACCAGCGUAGAGCUGAAAGAGCAGCUGCCUUUUUAUCUGGUCCACAUUGUUUGGGACUGGCACAGAUUAUGGUGGACCGAUAACUGCCCUGGGGGGAGUUUGCCCAAGUGAAGAGGCAGUUAAAAUGCAUCGUCUCCGGUAGCCACUUCCCUGGCAGAGGGGCUCCAGAGGCAUUGCUGAGGGUGGUCCACACAGCACAGUCGGGGCCAUACCGCAGAAGAGCCAGGCACCACGGCCAGCCCCUUCCCACCCGUGCUGGCAGGUCCCUUCCUACCACGACAGGUCAAGGGGACAAUAAUCUAAACAUGAUUAUUGCAUUUGCAGGGGUUUGCUUUGGCUUCAGGCUCUGUGCAUGGGGCACGGUGUAGCAAGUGCUUUUCCAGCACAAGCCCCACAUCCCCUGGCUUUGCUUACUUCCAGGCUCUGCUUUUGUGGUGGUGUUUUUUUUUUUUAAGGGCACUGCCAGUUUUUUGUAAAAAGUCCCUUCUGGCGGAGAUAGCUCUGCCCACAACGGUUUCUGGCUGCAUUUGCCUUUGCUUUGCCUGGGAGCCAUUAGAAACCUGCUCUCCUGCCACCUUCUCCUGCUUGGGCGCAUCUCCCCUUGCAGAUCCAGACCCUUGUCUUCACGAAGGUUUUUAGCCUAGCAGCAGGGAGACAAAGCUCCUUUCCAGACGGCAGGAAGGUGAUGGUAAUAGCAGUGACAAGCAGUUGCAGGAGGAGCUCAAAGUAGCUUCUGUCCAUUUUAUUUUAUUUUUUUUAAAGACUGAAGGUCUUAGAUCCCCUUUACAUUAGUCUUCACCAUUAUGAACACAGCAUUGAGCUGGUGUGGGAGAACGGGGACAGGAGGGGGCAUGCGGAGGGGGUUCAGGCUGGGACCAAGGUGGUGCUUGGAGCAUGGGCCUUCCCUCCUGGCUCUCCCACUGCCUUGCUCCAUAGCCGGGGGACACUCCAUCUCCAAAGGGAGAGCUUCAUGAAGCCCCUCAAGCCUAUGAAACCCUAAGCAGCCCAGCACUUGGGAGCCUGGGACCUGACAGCUCUUCCCUUCAGGGAACGGGGCUUGGGGAAGAAAUGUCUCGCUUUCUUGGCCGCGGACUUUUGCCCAAACAGGACUAAGCACUAAAUUGUUCAUUCCACAGAAAAAGUCAGAACAGCAGCAAGCGUGAAAUAACCAAGAGGUUUUGGAUUCCCAGUCUUACUCUCCGAGGCAAAGGCACAGGCUAGAAGUGCGAGGAGAAGCGUGUCUCCUAGCACGGCAGGACCAAAAAAGCUGUCCGCAGAGUCCGUCCUCUCUCUUCUCCUAUAUAGCUUUUUCCCUUCUCUCUCCUCUCCGCGGGGUGGAGUUUGGAGCGAUCAAAUCCAUGUAUUGUGUAGCGUCUAAAUGUUACUGCUGUCGACAAGUCAAUGUAUUUAGUCCACUGGGCCUGUUUGUGCACUGCUUUAAUGGAAACCCUUUUUUUGUUUGUUUGUUUUUUGCAUGGGGCAGGGGGAGGGAAGGGAGCAAAGGAACCAGUCUGAUGCUUCGCGAGCAGCCCACGAAUGCAGGCUGAGUUCACCUUCAUCUGAAAUCUGGUCUCUCUCAGCAUGAGGUCUGGUCCACCCGUUUGAGAGAGACCACUGCCCGUUUGAGGCCAAAAACUCAUGCCUCUCCCUUGCCAAAGGGAUGCUGCGAGUCACUGCACUGGCCCUAGCGCCAGGAGGCUCCUGCCAUGGUCGAGGGCGAAGAGUCAUUUCUGAGUCCAGCCAGCGCUGUCCAAGAGAUGGUCUUAAACCCGUGCGAUAUUCAAGGCAGCAGCUUCCUUUUCGUGCUCCAAUAAGCUGGACCUGCUCCUGUAAUGUUAUGAAAAGCCUUAAAGAGCUGGUCUCAGCCUUUCCACUGAUACUUGCGGUCCCAUCCACUCCCAAUUCUUCUAUGGGACAGUCAAGUCCAUUUGCAAGCGUGUGGUUGUCCUCCGACAUAAGAUUCAGACCCUUUGCCCAGGGCACCUGAAAUGAGUUGUGCCCAUUGCAGCAACCCACCCAUAUCCACCUUAAUGUUUACCUGUGCUAGGAUCUCAUUAAAACCCAUUAAAUGCUCUCUUAAGGGCCUUGAUGAAAUGGGUCCAGACCCCCGCCCUACCAGAGUUGAAAGAAGACAGCAAAAAACUUUCUGUCUCAUUCAGAGCAGAGAUAUAAGUGCUUGUAACACGGCAUUGUUGAAGAGGGAUCAUACUUGUAUUUAUUUUUCCAAUCCUAUUUUUAAACCACUAAAAUAAUUUUAUAGUAGAUUGUUUCCACCCUCUAUUUAAUAAAGAAGGCUUUUCUCUGAAAGCUGGGGAAAGCCACAGAAUAGACAAUGCUUAUUGCAAAGUCAGCUGGAAACAGAAACUAGAAAUCUUUAGCCUUAAACCUUCCCUUAUUGUAAAGGAGCCAUAAGUGUACACGUGCGACCAAAAAGGAAAAUCCUCCCUAAAGCAAGAGCUUUACCAUUCAGACCUGCUGUACAGAGAUUGCUGCCUUCUCAUUUUGGUAGGACUUUUACAAACAGCUAAAACCUUGCAGGAAAUGUGUCUGCGUUCAGACUCAUAAGGAACAUGUACAUAAUAUUAAGCCAUUUCUCUUGCAUUCAUGAUGUCCAACUGCCGCACGGUUUAUAUAGUUACUACUAAAGCUAAGUCAUGCGAUUUGUACCGUAACCCAGAAGAGUCUGCAGGGAAGCUAUUGCUAAAGAGGCUAUUCUGUUGACUGGUGCACAUAUACGCACAUUAGCGCUAUCUUGCGUACUGUAUAUUGGCAUCUCAGACAGGGACAGGAGUCUGAUGUACACUGGAAUUUACUGAGAAACUGGAUUGUAGAGACUAUAAUUCUUGCAUUUUCCUACGAGAUAUAUUUUGAAGACACUGUGUACUUCUGUCAAUAAAAUGCUUUUGUGUAAA